AUGCUGGGGGAAGAGCAUCCUGAAAUCGCCGAAAGAGGCUUCAGAAUGCUGAUGUCUACAAUGGAAGUGGGGGAAGAAAUGGAACCGGGAGAAGAGAUCCGACAAUUGGACAAUUAUGAUUCCGGUUCCUGCAACCCCGAAACGGUCAAAUUGGCAUCUGAGGUCUUUCAUGUUGGUAUUGUGUUGGUAUUCUUAUGUGAAAUUAAUAGGCCUUCCGGAUCAAUUCAGGAGAGAAUUGACAGAACCAAAAAUGACGCAUACGAAGUGCUGGUCGAUGGAAAUGGUAACUGA